ACUUGAUGAGGCUUCUCCCAUGAUAGUCUCGCAUUCCUCUGGUCAAGAUGACGUUCCCACAGCUGACCGUAAUCGUGUUACUGCUCUCCCAGAUCUCUGAUGCAGGUACCGACACAGCUGAGGCUGAAGAUGGCUCCGAUGGGUCGUGUAGUUGUGGUGGACCCCCUGGCCCCCCUGGUCCUCCUGGUCCACCUGGGCCUCCUGGGUUUAUGCCUCCUGGGGCGUAUCCCCCUAUGCCUGGUCCCCCUGGUCCCCCUGGUCCCUCUGGUCUCCCUGGCUUUCCUGGCAUGCCUGGCCGUCCAGGUCCUGGACAAGAACGGUUCUGGGGGCCAUACUGUGAGGACAGCAUUCGAGCCACCUCAGAACUGAAGGUGAGAAUAACUCCAGAUAACAUCACUGAGGGCCAGAAUGUCAAUUUGACUUGCGACUACGCUUGCACUCUACGCUCCACACCCAACAUUGUCUGGUACAAGAACUCCCAGCGUCUGGCUCGAGAGAACGUCACCAUCAACAAUACACUGUUCCUCCACCCAAUCAGCAGCGAGGAUGCAGGCAGCUACUCCUGUGGUGUAGAGGGCUAUGAGGACGAUCUCUCCCCAGCUGUCGGCCUCAUUGUCAGAUAUGCUCCAAAGUUUGUCUUGGCUUCAGUCAGUCCACCUGGUGAAGUAAUGGAGGGUAGUUUGGUGACUCUGACCUGCAGCAGUGAUGGCCACCCAGCAGUGGACAACUACACCUGGUACAAGAAGGCAAUGGCUGAACCUCUUCUGAUAGGACCAGGCAAGAACCACAAGCUCCCGGAUAUCAGCUUGGACGACAGUGGCCUUUACUACUGUGUUGCAGCAAAUGAACUCGGUGAAGGCUCUUCCCCCUCUGUGCCCAUAGCCGUCUCUAGUAGCUAA